CAAGCGAAGAACAAUCCUCCCUCAAACUGACUUAUUUUUUGAAAACAUGGGGAACAGAUACUCUUAUCAUGUUUUUGCGGGGAGAUGAAAAAUUAAGAGAUAUAGAGCUUGGCUAUAACUUUUUUACGAAGCUUAAUGAUGAAAAAAUUACCGGAUUAUAUCAAGGAACUGUUCAUUACCUUUUGAUAACAGAUAUUCGAGAACUAAGUUUUGGAGAACAAGUUGUAGAAUCGGAAUCCACCGCCACUUCGAGCCAAGAGGUAAAGGAAUUACUUGACCGUAUCGCUUUGUUGGAGGAGAAACUUAGCAAGAAUGAAUAUGCUUUCGACGUUAUCGUUAAACCGAAACAGAAAGCAAAUAAGUGGACAGCAAAUAUCGAGCAAGUAGGUCUUGGGGACCUCAAAGAUCACAUACUGUUGUUAAUCGACUUGGUUUUGCCUGGUCUAGCCGAAGUCUGCGGUCCACAAAUAGGGAAGACAAGCCAAACUCUCGCGCUGAUUAACAACACUAGAUAUUAUCCCAGGAACGAUGGCUCCUUCUGGGAGAUGUUGCGGUCACUAGUAUCAAAGAAUAAUCUCAAGUUUACUGUAUUCAUAGAGACGCCCUCGAAACCAUUUAACUCCUGGACCUUCCCGAAAGUGUGUGAACUCUAUGGGCUUAGUGAUGAUCCGAAUCCCGGUAUUGAUGUUUAUCCCGUUUUUAAAUGUGGUUGUGUGGACACAAAGAAUGAGAGGUAUGAAGAGGCAUUGCAAAAGCUUUUUGAUGAAUUGGAGACUCGUGUUGCAACAACCCCUAUUGACGUAUCCUACGAGGCCACAAAAAGCAUCUAUUCAUAUUCCUUUCUCGCCUCAGCAACUUUCCCAUUUAAAAGCCAAAUAAAAAUAGUACCCGAAAAGUUGGUCGAAAAAAAAUACGGACGUGGGAAUCUUGACUUUGGAAUUGAAUCACGUACAACUGGGCGAACAAUUGGCCUGAUUGAGGUCAAAAAAGAUGACUUUAAGCAAGGCUUAGCUCAAGCCACUGUACAGAUGGAAUCUUCACUAGGCCAUAAGCGCAAAGCAAACGAAAUAGAUGAUGAAUAUGGUUUGGAUAAAGACAGUGAAGGAAUCAUAACAUUUAAGUUGUCGAAGCCCUUAUUUGUUGCAUAUGAUGGUGAGGGUACGAAAGGCAUGGCGGAAAAGGUCCUUGGUCAUAUUUUACAGUUACUCGAAGAAGCGCAGAAACCGGUGAAAGCUUUGGAGGAAUCGAGGGAAAUAAAAAGGGUAAGGUCAGGCGAGUUACCAAAGCAUAAUGAUAACGAUAACACUGAUGUGGAAGAAGUAUCAAGUCGCAUGACUGAGAUUUCAGCCGGGGGUCCCAGCCAAAAUUCUUCUGAUGAUUCCAAAGAAGUCAGCCCAAGCAAUUCGCCCGAAGAUGUGGACGAUUACUACAAAAUGAUCUUGGAAGAAUCAAGUUAUCGACCAAAGGGCUUACAGGUCCUAGAUACACCAGCUAAGACUGAAAUUUUGAGCAUAGGCCUGGCGAUAGCGAGCGUAAUAAUGCGUAUAAUGAUGAUUGGCCAUUACUUGCAUAGCUCUCGCGAUGCUGUCCAGAAAGAUCUCAGAGAAUGCUUAGAAGUUAUAAGCCACACUGCUAAAGCUAAAAAUGCAAACCUUGCGAAGUCGUACCUGGCUAAUCUAGAUAAUAUGUUUAAGUCAAAGCAGGCCGAGGAUUUUUGGCGGAAACUUGAGGAAAGACAACUGAAUGACGAUGUAAAGUUUUCUAAGGAAAAACAUAAUAAGAAACUUAUCGUUAACGUUUUGCGGGAGCACGAUUCUGUUAGUAGUAGCCUAGUGGUCUCUGAAACUGAAGGUUCAAGCCAACAACGAUGUGUAUCUUCCAAUGAAGAUGACCUUUCCAAUGGCGACGACCUUUCCGAUAAUGGCCUUUCCGAUGAUGAUGACCUUCCCAUUGAUAACAACGAUGACUUUUCUAACGGUUCCAACUCAGGAAAAGAUAAUGAAUAUGAGAAUGAAGAUGACGUGGACGUUGCCGACUUAUGUAAACCACACGUGAUGGAAGCUGACACAGGGAAAGUGUUAACUUCUGAUGAAUGA